UUCUGUACUUUUUUCUGCUCUUACCACUAUCCCCAACUCAUCUCUAACAAUGCCACUGCAAUUUACAAUUUAAAUUAAAAGCCAAGGACUUCAAUCAAUACUCUCCUGUGUCCAUCUCUUUCUGUGAAUGCUUGUUUGUCCCUUUGCAGUCACCACCAUUUUCCCUUCUACCUACCCCCAGAGGUAGCUGAAGCCUUCUAUUUGUGGAGUAUGAGCCUGUGUUUCUAAUGUGUGGGCUAGAUGGUGUUGCAGACUGUCUCAUUUCUUGGUUUUGCUCUUCUACUUCGCAGAGCACAUUUAUGUAACCACUAGACCAUGAACCCCUUACUGCUUUACUUAACUUCUUUUCUAGAGGUUGAAGAAAAUCACACUGACAAGAGAUAGUUCCUCUCUCUACUUCAGUGUGAGACAUCUCCUAGAUCUACUGUAUUGCUCUUCACCAAUUACAGAGGGAGUCUAGACAAGCAGACCACCUAGGUGGGAAUUCCCCUGCUCACAUUAUCAAGGUUUAAAGGUGAAGUGGAAAUGAAACAGCAGCAUAAGAGGAAGCUGGGUAAAGAAUGAUCAACAAGAGAGAGAUGAAACACAGCAUGGGUUAACUGGCAUGCAGGCACCAGGGCUGGAGCUGGCACCUCUGGGGAUCUUUUCAGCAGAGAGGUGAAAUAAUGACUAAACACAGCUGGCAAGUGUGGGCCAUCUACCUGCUCUUAGCUGCAAACCUCUCCAAACAGCAAGCGCUGAAGCAGGCUUGUCCUUCAUGCAAUGAUGCUCAGCUUUGCAACUGCUCUUCCAUGGGCUUGGACUUCAUUCCCCCAGGGCUCACCGCCAAAAUCACAAUGUUAAACCUGGCCCACAACAGGAUUAAGCACAUCCGAUCCCAGGACCUGCAGCAGGCUGUGAACCUGAGAGCCCUGCUGCUGCAAUCCAACAAAAUCAGCUCCAUAGAUGAAGACUCGUUUCAGUCCCUGGCGAAACUGGAGCUCUUGGACUUAUCAAAUAACAGCUUGGCUCACUUGUCCCCUGCGUGGUUUGGGCGCCUUUUCUCACUCCAGCACCUCCACCUUCAAGGCAAUUUCUACAGAGAUCUGGGAGAAAGCUCUCCCUUUUCUGGUCUGAGGAACCUGAGUUCUCUCCGCCUGGGCAACCCACGGUUCUCUGUGAUAAGGCAAGGGAACUUUGAGGGCAUUGAGCUUCUCAACAAGUUGUGGAUUGAUGGUGGUAAUCUCAGUCAGUAUGAGCAGGGAAGUUUGAAAUUGAUUAAGAAGAUAAAUCACAUGGUCAUAAACCUAAGAAAUAGUGAUGUAUUCUCAGAAAUUGUUAGGGACCUUCUGCACUCUGUGACUUGGCUAGAAGUGAGAAGAAUAGCAUUCAGUACCUCUGCUGAAAUGCAACUACUGAGAGUUAUGUCUUCUUCUUUUGCAAAGAAAAUUUCUUUUAAACAGGCCUUAUUAACAGAUGCUGCUGUGCCUGAGAUUGUCGGUAUCUUAGAAGACAUGCCAAAAUUAGUGGAGUUGGAGCUAAUAGACUGUAGACUCUUGGGAACUGGACAAUGGAAAAUGCAGAUUCAAGCAAACCAAUCACAGACCCUUAGAGUUCUCACAAUACAGAAAUUAUCUAUAGAAGAAUUUUACUUGUUUACAGAUCUUCAGGCUGUGCAAGAUCUACUAUUUCUUUUUACCAGAGUCACAGUUCAAAACACUAAAGUAUUUUUGGUCCCAUGCAGAAUUUCCCAACAUCUUCGGUCAUUAGAGUACCUUGACCUUAGUGCUAAUUUGCUUGGAGACCAGAGUUUAGAGCAUUCAGCCUGUCAGGGUGGUUGGCCAUCACUACAAACUCUAAAUUUAAGUCAGAAUUCACUGGGUGACUUAGAAAUGACGGGUAGAAGUUUGUCUCACCUAAGAAACCUAAUUGUUUUAGACAUUAGCCAAAAUAAUUUUGGUGAGAUUCCAGAUGCAUGCGAAUGGCCAAAAACCCUGAAAUAUUUAAACCUCUCCAGCACUCAAAUUCCUGAAGUAACGACCUGCAUUCCCCCAACGCUGGAAGUUUUGGAUAUUAGUGCUAACAACCUGAAAGAGUUUGGACUGCAGCUCCCAUUUCUGAAAGAGCUGUACCUCACAAAAAACCGGCUGAAGACCCUGCCUGGUGCUGCACCCAUUCCAAACUUAGUGGUCAUGUCAGUCAGGAGAAACAAACUCAACAGUUUGUCCAAGGAAGAGUUUGAGUCCUUCAAGAGAAUGGAGCUGCUGGAUGCCAGCGACAACAACUUCAUCUGCUCCUGUGAAUUCCUCUCCUUCAUCCACCACCAGGCUGGGAUAGCCCAGGUGCUGGUGGGGUGGCCAGACAAGUACGUCUGCGACUCUCCGCUGGCGGUGAGAGGGGCCCAGGUUGGAGCUGUACACCUCUCCCUGAUGGAGUGCCACAGGUCCCUCGUGGUGUCAUCGAUCUGCAUCCUGGUGUUCCUGGUCAUCCUCAUCCUUGUAGCUGUGGGCUACAAGUACCACGCGGUCUGGUACCUGAGGAUGACCUGGGCGUGGCUCCAAGCCAAGCGGAAGCCCAAGCGAGCCCCGCCAAAGGACAUCUGCUAUGAUGCUUUUGUCUCCUACAGUGAGAACGACUCUGACUGGGUGGAAAACAUAAUGGUGCGGGAGCUGGAGCAGGCCUGCCCUCCCUUUCGCCUCUGCCUCCAUAAGCGGGACUUUGUGCCUGGGAAGUGGAUAGUGGACAACAUCAUUGACUCCAUUGAGAAGAGCCACAAAACACUCUUUGUGCUGUCUGAGCACUUUGUGCAGAGUGAGUGGUGCAAAUACGAGCUGGACUUCUCACAUUUCCGCCUCUUUGAUGAGAACAACGAUGCGGUGAUUCUUGUCCUCCUGGAGCCCAUCCAGAGCAAAACGAUUCCCAAGAGGUUCUGCAAGCUGCGGAAGAUCAUGAACACAAAGACCUACCUGGAGUGGCCUCUUGAAGAAGAGCAGCAGCAGAUGUUUUGGUUUAAUUUGAAAAUAGCUCUAAAAUCCUAGACAAAUUGUAUAUAUUGUAAAUAUACUCUGGAAUUUCUUCCCUUGCCCUUUUGUCCCAUCAAUUAUCUGCAUCUCAAGAACAGAGAGCUGAGUUACUGCAAAUUUUAACACUUGCUGUGAGAUUAUUUUCUUUAUGUAGCCAUGAUUCUGAAUUGUUUUACUGGUUUGGGCUGGAAUAGAGUUAAUUUUCUUCAUAGUUCCUUCUUUGGUGCUGUGGUUUGUAUUUGUCACCAAAACAGCCUUCAUAGCACAGGGGCAUUUUAGUUAUUGCUCAACAGUGCUUGCACAGAAUCAAAGUCUUUUCUGUUUCUCACGCUGUCUUGCCAGCAAGUAGGAUGGGGGUGCAUCAUAAUUUGAGAGGGGAUGCAGCUGGGACAGCUGAUCCCAGGUGACCAAAGGGAUGUCCCAUACUAUAAUGUCGUGCCCCGUGACUUCAUGCUCAGCAAUAGAAGUUGUGGGAAAGAAAGAGUAAGGGAGGAUAUGUGGAGUUAUUGUGUUUGCCUUCCCAAGUAACUGUUCUGUGGGAUGGAGUCCAGCUUUCAUGGCAAUGGCUAAACGUUUCCCUGCUGAUUGGAAGUAGUGAAUUAAUUCCUUCUUUUGCUUUGCUUGUGAGAACAGCUUUUGCUUUACCUACUGAACUGUGUUCAUCUCAAUCCACGAGUUUCUCACUUUCACCCUUCAGAUUUUCUUCCCUGUUCCACUGUGGGGAGAAUGAAUGAGUUGGCUGUGUGGUGCUAAGCUGCCUUCUGAGGUUAAACCACAAUAGUUGUCUACAUGUGUUAAUCAGCAGUAUUAGCAAAAGCUGUUUCAUUUAAAUAUUUAAUGAUGAAUAGUUGUUUAGAUAUACAGCUACGUAGUUUAUAUGUCUUUACCUUUGCAAAAGUUUUAGGAGAGAACCUGCCUAGCCAAGGGCUUUUCUGCAUUCUGCGUGUAAACUACUUCUAAUCAAAUGCUAUAAAAUUCAGUUUGUGCUUCAAAGAUUUUUGUUCUAGCUCUCCUAGUCAGUGGAUCUAAGGACUGAUUCUCAGUAUUUCAUAAUCACUCUAAGUUAAAUGACCAGAUCUCCUGAGGAUUGUGACUGCAAGGCUGAAUGUUAAAAUGCACUUUAUCACUUCAGUUCUUGUAGCGUAUAUGUUCAAUGGCAGACAACUUCCUUGGUGAAAGACAUCUAUGGAGGAUGAUUUCUAUCUAGUUUCAUUGUAUCAUAUGCGACAAUAGAUGCUUCAGAGUAGGGUUCAAAUCCUCUUCUGACUUGCACAAAUGGAGUUUAGGCUAUUUUCAUCUAGAAUGUGGGAAACAUUAAUAUAUAUAUGUAGUCUUUGAAUCCAACACCACAUUUCUCUCUUUGUUCAGUAACCUUAACACAGGCAGAAAAACUGUGUUUCCUACCUUUCUACUCUCUCUGUAAAUGUAGUCUGCAAAACUAGAGGUGUAGAGAACAUCCCACCCAGGACAUUGUGUUUGCUGUCAGCUGGGGCCACAUUUUCUUGAGAAGAUUACUGGGACAAGGGCCAUAAUUUCUGGAAAAGCAGAAUAAACAGGAGACUGUGGCACCAAACUCAACCUUCAGAGAUGAUUUAAAAAGAAAGGGGUGUCUUUGGUGAUAGUUGCCUUGCAGCCACAGGAAAUUUCAGAUGAACCCUAAUAGCUUGAACCUCGCAGGCCAGAGGGACAAUUACCUUCUGUAUCAAUUCAGGCUUAGUCAAAGCGUAGGACAUUUCCAGGCAUCUGCAGAAGCAAGUAUUAAAAGCCUUCAAAUGGAAACACCUAAAACACUUGGCUGUAUCUGUGAUGAGAUCACGUCCAAGUUAGUGUUUUUAUUGCUGUGUUUUGACCUUGUGCAUCUAACGUGGUACAAAAACUCUGUUCAAACACCUCAAUAUUUGUAACUGAGUUGGGUGCAUUGGAAGUUUCCUCUCACAGGUGGUGAGAGCAAUAACACCUGUCAUGUUAUUGCUUUUAGAAAGUUCUCUGCAUAGUCAAAGUGUUAGUGAGAGGAGAAGUACCCCUGUUUUUUGCUAGCUGUUGGGAAGGCUGAGGACACACAUGCUUCUAUUACACCCGCAGUUAGGCAACUCCAACAGUGCAACAAAAAUUAACGGCUUAUUUACUUGCAUUUUUGCAUUUAUGAAUACAAGCGUAACACAUAAUAAGAAUUAUUAACUUUGUUAUUUCAUCUAAGCUAACAAAGCCACCUUCUUUCUGUGUGCUCAAGAUUUGAUCUUUCUUUCAUUUACCUUGGGUUUUUUAACUGCAUCAUUUCCUAUUUUUAGCAUCUAAACCUUACCUUCAUCUGCAGAUGGCUUCACACAAUCUCUGCUUUUUUCUCAUCUAUAUGUUAAAGUGUAAGUUAAGCUAGUGUGGAUCUCUGAUUUCUAAUAACAAUGUAAAGAUUCUUAAAAUACUGACCAUGUUUAAUUUGAGUUCAAAAGCUACUUCUGCUAGUAUCUCAUUCAUUCUAAGAAAUAACUCUAUUAUUUUCCUAGUACAAGCUUACAUUUAAAAGCAUAAACUUCUUUUAGUUCUUACUUUGAGAAAAAAAAUAUGUUUUUAUAGCAUGCUGUACAGACUUACUGUAAUGCAAAAAGAGGCACUGUCCUGCAAAAGGGUUUCUAGCACACCAGAGUUCCACUAAUUGCUACUUACUGUAGUCUUUUAAAAUUAAGUACAGAAUAUGCAUAUUAUUGUAGACAGAUAAAUAUCCAACACUUUAAAUUCUCACUCAUUAUCUGAGUCCUAUUUUAGAACCGGUGAGUAAUUAAUGCCUUGGAUGAUGUCUAUAACAAUCAAUUGCAAACCACCAAAUAGCAGAGCCAGUCCAGAAAUUUUCCACACAAUACUUGUGUGUUCCCACAUAAUCUGUCGACAAUGAAACUGGAGAGAAAAUCCAACAACAGGUAAAUCCUGGUAUUUUUCUCAGUCAGAAUCAAACAAAAAAUAUUGGGUUAAAUUUUUGAAACAUUCUUUUUUUUUUUUUUCCAACUCUCAUAAUUUACUCCCCUUUUUAUAAAUGUAAGGUUAAAAUUAAAUAUCCUCCUCACAUAUGACUAAAAUAGGCUCCAAAAAAGUAAGCAAAACCUUGCUUCCACUCAAGCAAGUUUCUACAUACACAGCAGCAGAUCUUCAACUAUUAUAUUAUUUGCUAAAGAAAAAAUGCCGUUUACUAAUUACAAAGAAAUGAGGAGGGGAAAAGCACUGGUUCUGCAAAUCGAUUAUAUCAAUGUUGUUAAUUUGUUAAAGAGCAAAAUCCACUGC